AUGCUCUGUUUUAGGACGUGAUUUCAAAGUACUCUGGAAGUUUGAGGAAGAUGAUUAAACAGAGCAAGAAGAAGAGAAACAAGAAAAAGAGAAUCAUCACUAUCGAGAUUGAUGAUUUUCCAGGUGGACCAGAUGGGUUCGAGCUGGUUUCAAGGUUCUGUUAUAGCAACGGAGAAAUCUCAAUCGAUGUCUCAAAUGUCUCGACUUUGUACUGCUGUUCUGUUUUUCUAGGCAUGUCGGAGAAGUUCUGUUUCUCUAAUCUCUUCCUUCAGACCGAGAAGUUUCUAGAAGAAGUGUUAUAUGGGUCUUGGAGCGACAUCGUUUUGUGUCUCAAGAACUGCGAGCAAGUGAUCCUCCAAGCAGAUUCGUAUGGUCUUGUAGAUAAACUCAUCUUCGCAGCUUUGACCAAAAUCUCUCGGGAUUCAGAAACAUUUUCUUCUUCUUCUCUCUCUUCUUUAGCAUCCUCUCUUUCUCCUGAUAUGGCCAAGAACACGCCGGAAUCAGACAGUAGGUAUAUUUCACGGUCUGUUUCUUGCGGAAGAAGCAACGAGUGGUGGUUCGACGAUAUGACAAAUCUUUCCCCGAAGAUCAUCUUGAAGCUAAUUAUGAUUAUUGAAGCUUACAAAACCAACAUAAAAAGCUUAGUCCUAACCAGAUUUCUCCUCCACUAUUUCAAGAAAAAACUCCAAACCAAAUCAAGAACAACUACAGAGCUUAUAAGAAACAAGCUCGAGUACUCCAAUUUAGCUGACACAGCGGUUAAAGGAGUGAUUUUCGCAGGGAAAACAGCGUUUUCUUGCAGGAAACUCUUUUGGGUUCUUCGGGUUUUAUCCAGUUUUAGCCUAAGUAGAGAGUCGAGAAUUGGUUUAGAAACCCUAAUAGGAGAAAUGCUGGAACAAGCAACACUUGAUGAUCUUUUGAUACCUGCAGGAGGAAGCAAAGAGAGCGGUUUCUACAAUGUGGAUCUUGUGAUAAGAUUACUAAAAGUGUUUGUGAAGAACAGAGAAGAAGAAGAAUCAAGAGAGAGGAAUAUGAAAGAAACUGGGAAAUUGAUUGAUAAGUAUUUGAGAGAGAUAUCUCCAGAUCAGAAUUUGAAGGUCUCCAAGUUUCUUGGUGUUGCAGAGAGUUUGCCAGAUUCAGCUAGAGAUUGCUUUGAUGGAGUUUACAGAGGAAUUGACAUCUAUCUACAGUCUCAUCCGAAUCUAACACCCCAAGAUCGAACAGAGAUAUGUCGAUGUCUCAACUACAAGAAACUAACAAUGGAGACAUGCAAACAGCUAGCCAGAAACCCUAAGAUCCCUCCAGAAAUCGCCAUUGAAGCACUCAAAAGAGAAGAAGAAGCCUGUGCUAUUGCAUCUUGAGAUAUCCGAGAAAUUUGCCGAGAGGUUGAAGAGUAGAGGUGGAUAUAACUUGAGUGUUA